AGUGUUACAAUGUUAAACCAACAAUGUGCAAUUUUAACUGUCAUUGACUCAUACAUCGAGCCACUUUUAAACCGUGUAUUAACGACGGACAAACUUGGGAUUUGUUGUGAAGCAAUUAAGGUAGAUUCCAUGUCAUCCAGUUGUGGAAAAUUUCAAGGAGAUCGUUUUAAAUUAUCCAUUCCUUAUGCUAAACAAAAUUUAACUUGGAAUGUAUUUUUUGAUUCACAGUGCCCAGAAAUGGGUCCUGAUUUCAUAUUUAAUGAUAAUACUUUCUUAGCAGAUAUGGAUGUAGACACUUUAUCUGUCAAAGUACCUAGUCUUGCUAAAUGGAAUCCUAAUGAUGGAAAUGCAUUAUUAAAUGUCCUUAUGGAACUUUUGUCAUGUUAUAAACAACAUCAGAUACAAUUACUUCAGAAGCAAUCUCGAUUGCAAUUGGAAUAUAAUAUGCUAAUGGAAUCAACCGAAAUAAAACCAGAAGAUGUCGAGAUCAUAUUGUUACCUUGUAGUUCUAAACCAGUAGAAGCUAGAUUUCUAAUAAGUUUAUCAGUGGAUCUGUCACAAUUACAAAUUCGUACUUGCAAGUCAGAGAGUGAUGUCGCAAUACUUCUUAUAAUAUUUUCCGGAGCAGAUUGGAGUCGUAUUACUCCACAGCUUGAUAUUUCAAAAUCUUUAGAAAAAAUUUUUAGUGGAACAGGUGCAUUAUAUUUACCCUAUUUUGUACCUGAUACAUGUUUGACACAUUAUGUAUCAAAUAUAAAAAGAUACAUAGCAGCAAAGGUAAACUCAAUUGUUCAAAGUUUAGAAAAAAGAAGAGAAUAUAUAACAACAUUUUUAGCUUUAAAACGUAAAGCUUGUAUAGAAUUUGAUACUAUAAAUUGUAAUUAUGUAACAUGUUUAUUGACUGAUGAUGGCUUUUCUACAGUAUUGCAUAUUCAACUGCCAUUAGGAUUUCCUCAAGAACCACCUAUGAUUGAAUUACAUUCAAUAUAUCAUAUGACAUCACAGCAUAUUUUUUACAGUGAAAAAGUAAAAAGUUAUCCCUACAAUAAUACAUGGUCAUCAAAAAUUAUGAUUUUAAAAUUAUUUAAAUAUAUUAAUAAUAUUAUUAAAAAAUUUAAACUUAAUUCUAUUAAAAAUUGUUCUGAAACUCAAAGUUAG